UGCCCCCUGCGGGCCGGGCAUGGGCGGGCGCUGAGCGGGCGGCAUGGAGGCCAUCUGGCUCUACCAGUUCCGCCUCAUCGUCAUCGGCGACUCCACCGUGGGCAAGUCCUGCCUCAUCCGCCGCUUCACCGAAGGCCGCUUCGCGCAGAUCUCCGAUCCCACGGUGGGCGUGGAUUUCUUCUCCAGGCUGGUGGAGAUCGAGCCGGGCAAGAGGAUCAAGCUGCAGAUCUGGGACACGGCCGGGCAGGAGCGGUUCCGGUCCAUCACCAGAGCCUACUACAGGAACUCGGUUGGUGGACUCCUCCUCUUUGACAUUACAAACCGCAGGUCCUUCCAGAACGUCCACGAGUGGCUAGAAGAGACCAAGGUGCACGUCCAGCCCUACCAGAUCGUCUUUGUUUUGGUGGGUCACAAGUGUGACCUUGACACACAGCGGCAAGUCACCAGGCACGAGGCCGAGAAACUGGCUGCUGCAUAUGGUAAAGUGAAGCUGGAGAAGAUUGAUGCAGAGCACCACAGGAGCUGGGCUACCAUGGGCUCUCUACCUUCAGCUUCUGCUGACGCCAGUGGGGAGCACAAGGUUUGCUCAGACCGGGACUGCUAGUCCUGUUCUCACAAAGACGAGGGCAAACAGGUAUGAAAGGGUCAGCUUUCUUAUUCUUUCUUUCUUUCAAGGUCUGGCUAUUCACAGGGUGUGGCUCAGGUCGCCUUGCUGGCUAGCAGCUGUCCUAAGGGCAGAGCUUGAGUGCUCCAUUAAAGGCAGGUGAAACUUUAGAAAAGAUCAGAGUUCUAGCAAGAGUAAAACCCCUGAGCCUCUGUGCAGGAAAAGCUCAGUUUUCACAAGACAGCUGCUGGUUUAUUUGAUGGCUUUGGACAUUCGCUUCUCUCUCUCUCUGUCUUUCUGCUCCCAGAGGGAAAUUGCAGGAAACGUAAAUAAGCACGUAUAUUCAGGCCUUCAGAGUAAGUACCUGAUUUACAAAUACGUGUCAUAAUUCUGAGGAGAAACAGUACAGAAGAAAAUGUAUGCAGUCUUAACUACUUAGAGGUAAUAAAUGGUUAUAUUAAAUGAUAGAUAAAUAGUUAUAUACAUCUUUUUCUAACUCCUUGCAUUUUUUAGGCAGCUUAUUAAAAUAUAGGAAAUGUAGAUUCCUCUGUACAAAAUUUGGAAUGUUUUUUCUAAGAUGAAGAACUUAUAGGAUAUGCUAAGCAUUCUUUUCUAACAACUGGUUUUAACGCUUUGACUUCUGGUGCAAGAGGGAUUUAGAGAAAUCAAAGGUCAUAACCUUCCACAGGAUAAAGGUCAGGAGCUCUUUUACUCUAGGUCAAAAAGAGAAACAAGAAAAGCUAACUUAAAACAAUCUGCAUGUUAGAUUCAAAUUGCUCUGAACCUCCAGAAUAAAAAACAUACUAUACACUUUCCUCGCUUUCUGUUAUGCACUGUAAUGAAAUGUGAAAAUAAUGCUGUAUUUAGCUGUCUGUAUGUGACUGGAAAUAUGCUUGUACUUAGCAAAAUGGUUACCAUGUGAUACUGUGAAAUUUAAAACUUGUAAAGAGACUGUUGGUUUUUUUCCUUCUCCCCUCCCUGUUCCUUAUCAGUAAGCUAUCUCAUACCUGUACCGCUUCUGUACAGCAGCCCUAACUGGAAAUGUGGUACGGACCAGCUCAACAAUAAACAGGAUCUUUGCAAUGGCA